AUGGAUGCAUAUUUUACAUUUAAGGGACCCAAAGGAUUUUCAAUACGUUAUUUCUGGAAGCCAAUAAUUGAAGGUCCAGGAGGAGGAGUCCUUGUUGAAGGUUCUGAAAUCGUUACAUUAUUCGUUCCUACAACUUUUGCACCGCCGGAUAAAAAAUGGACAUUCAAAGAUGUUCUAUUCGAAGAAAAAAAGACAAUAUCAUCCAUAGAGGUGGAAGCACUACUUCCAAGACACGUUUUUUCACCUGGGGAGGAAAUAAAUUUUUCCCUUUUGCUCAAUAAUUAUUCCACUGGGCGCAUUACGCGUGUUCAGAGUUCUCUUCGUAAGCAUUAUGAAGGUCCACUAGAUAAGCGAUCUAUUUGUGAGAAGCAUGAACGCUGUCUUGUCUCUACGGAAAAACGUUGUGACAUUAAAGAACAGGAAACAGGAAAUAUAGAGUUUUUCCUCACGGUGCCCUCAAAACAUCAUCAAGUUCCUCCCACAUUUCAAGGACGUCAUCUAAAGGUCUAUUACACUCUGCGAUGCGUGAUUCAGGCAGAGACAGGAAAAUUAUUCACCAAGAUGCAAUAUCAUGAAUUAACAAUCCCAAUCGCUAUCGCACCAUAUCCUCAUAUUCCACAUGAUAAAGUUUCUGUCGAUAUGAUUUUUCCUUCACAUGAAGAAUCAAACCUUUUGCCGUUCUUCUUCGAUCCAAAUGAAGAUCAUCCACCAAAUGAUAAAGAAAAUCGAAAUAAAUCUUGCAAAUUGUCUUAUGACUCAAUAUUAAGUUUGCAAUUAGAUGAUUGUGAAAACGGCCAAGAGUGUUCCAGCGUGGACAAAGCUAGUGACUUUACGUAA